AUGAUCUGUCGUGCUAUUCACCGGUUUUGUCGGUCUAAAUCAUAUCUCGUUGGAGUUCCAAUUAUCAGAGCAUUGUCUGGUGUCACAAUAACAGAGGUCGAACGCCAGCAAGUGAAGGAAAAAUCAAAAGUGGACAGACGUAUGCGUUCACGGCGUGAAAGAAAGGAAACUAAAACACAGCGCAAAUUCGAGAAGGAAAUGGCCGAAACUCUGUCUCUUCAAAGCCGGGAAAAACGCUUGAAAAUGAACACUUUGGUUAUGAAUGAAAUCUUAUUUGUUUUCUUCAAAAUUUUGAAAACAACUUCAAACUCAAAACUGUUAUCUGCUGUUUUAAAAGGGUUGUCAAAAUAUGCCAGGUUAAUCAACACACAGUAUGUGGACAGCCUAUUAUCGGUUUUAAAUACAAUGGUAGCAAAGAAAUCGACCAGCAUUCUUGAUGGUUUACAUUGUGUACAUACGGCUCUUAGUAUUAUGUCUUCGUCUAGUGCCUCAGAUGUUCUUGCUGUGGAUCCGACUGUUUUCUGCAAUCAUCUCUACACUAUAUUGGGACGUAUUGCAGGUGUCGGUGCAAGUGAUGUAAAAGAAACUGAAAAUGCAAUAUCCCAUCUGUCAUCUGUGAUCAAAGCCUACGGUCGUUCAAAUACUCCGGCUGCUCAAGCAGUCGCUAACCUGGUACAUCGAUGCAAAAUCACUGAAAGUGGAGUAGAAAGUAAAUUUUCAGACAAAGUCAAUUCUAAUACUGGCAGUGUGAGCGAAAGGAUCGCUGCAGAUGAAGUUGUACAUUUAUCAGACACUCUUCUAUCCUGUUUAAACAUGCUUCUCAUCAAGCGAAAGCAUGAAGUUUCAGUUAAUCGAGUUCUGGCCUUCGCAAAGCGUAUGACAAGCGCAGCAUUGACAGUGUCGGAUCCCUACUGCUCGAGUUCUCUACUCAUAAAACUGUUCCAUCUUCUUCGACUUUUUCCACGCUGUGAAAUUUUAUUCGACUGUGAUGCAGAAGUAUGCAGUAACUAUAAACCAGAUGUUAACGAUCCAGAAUUAUGCUUUCCUGGAAGUGCAUGUUUGUGGGAAUUAAUUUUAUUAACGAAAAAUCAUAAUCAUGUGGUCAGUCAACUUGCCUACUUGAUUAUGGAAUGGGGAAAUGACAUGUGUAUGCAUGGAGCUGGUGCCGCUUCGGUCAAGCAGUACAAGCUGCGUCUUGACGGUGAAGAAAUCUCCUUAGACCACUUAGCACAACUGCCGUCUGAAAAAUUCAAUAUUGAAUUGAAACAGCUAAUUGAGAAAGAUCCCACCCUUCCUAAGGUUCAAUCGAAGAAAAAAAUAAACGCUUCAUCAUUUCAGUUAUCGAACUCUUUCACAAAAUAUUUGUACGAAUAUGGUCUGAUAUCAAAUGUAGAACCACCUGCGAAGAAAAUAAAGUUAUUAUAA